CUGCAGUCCGUCCUGAGUGCUGUGUGUGAGUGUGCGGCGCGGAGCGGGGAUCUGUACAGGUAGUCCGGGAACUUACCUUCCAUCCGCCCACCUACCUACACAGACCCCAUAAUCUCUCCACCCCGGGGCAGAGAGCGAGGCACAGCCUGGGUGAGUGAUCUAACUGCCGGUUACAGGGCUCACUGUACCUGCACUCUGCGUAUUGCAGACAGCAAGAGCUGGGGGAGAACUGCAACUCCCAUGAUGCUUUUACAAUCUUCAGGCUGGUUAAACCAUGUGGGAGUUGUAGUCCCAUGCAAGGUGUGGGUCUGUCUGCCUUUAGGCUGCCCCAGCUAUAUUACCCUGUGUGUGUGUCAAAUGGCACUGAUUGGGAUAGGGAGAAAUAAAUACUGUAAAUAUGUUCGUUUAUAUUUAUUAUUUUGGUUUAAUCUUUAUGCUCCAUAUGGAAAUAUAUGUGACCUUUAAUGGGCUCCUCAUUUACAAGUCGUGAGAUGAAUAGAUUUGCCUUCCCCUUUACAAACAUAUUUAAUCACAUAUUAAUGAAAGAUUAAAUUAAUGUUUCAGGGAGGUUUUUUUUUUUUUUUUAAUUUUUUUUUCUUUGCUCAUUUGCACACCUUUUAAAAAUUCUUUAUUCGUGUGCAAUUAUAAUUUUGUUUUAUAUUUGUUUUUUUGAUGUACAUAUAGUCUUACUAAUAUUAUUAUUAUUAUUAUUAUUAUUAUUAUUAUUAUUAUUAUUAUUAUUAUUUAUAAGAUGCUGUGACUCUCCCUGAGCCUUGAUAUAAAUCUGAAAUGCUAAACAUUUUUUGGUCAAUACCUGGGUCUGUAAUAAAUAUUGAGGUGUAUAAAAAUGAGCUUCCUGUAUUUGUAGGUAUUUUUUUUUCCUUCAUGAUUUAGGAGCAUUUAAUUAAUUUAUAUUGUCAGAGUGAAACCUGCAACCAUAAUUAUGUAUUUAAGUGUCAGUUAUUGCCUGAGCGGUUGUUGGUUUAUGGCGUUCCUUCAGAAAGUUCACACAUUUUACUGAAAUGCAAUAUUGCCACAUUUUUAGAUGUAAAACCUGUUCUUGUAAAGACAUAAACCACUGUACUUGUUGUGAGCCCCAGGGUAAGAGGUAGCGUGUGACACAAAAGUUAUAACUCUCCUACUCCCAUUGUUUAGUUCUACAUCAGUCUGGCACUUAAUGGGUUUAGUACAGGACAAGGACACCUGACUACAUAUUACAUAAGGGAUGGAUGAGCACUGUCUAAGGAAUUGCAAAUAUAGUAAAUGGUUUUGAACAAAGAGAUACCUUAUCCCUUAGUAAAAGACAGGAAAUAUCUGAAACGUAUGCGUGAACCUCUGUAAAUAGCAGGUUGCUGCAGACUUUAUCACUGUAGAGAAAGCGUAUGUGUCAUUUAAAUAAUGCCCAAACACCUACGCCACACCUGUUCUGGUGAAACGUGUUGUUUUAGGACAGAGAGAGAUUUCUAUUGGUUUUCAUAGUUCCAAUAAAGCAUAUUACAACGAAUAUAAAAUUAUAUAUGGGCAGUUAGGGUAAUUUGCAACUGUGCCACACAAUUUUAGAAAAUAAACGAGAAUGUUAUCUGGAAAAAAGUUCAGAACUAAACCUUUUAUCUUAUUACUUUUUUCAUACCCACUUGUUAAAUGCUACGUUAUCUUAAAAAUACACCUCUAAUGGUAAAAUCUGUUUUCUGGUAAAUUGGUCUACUUGAGUAUUUCUUCUUGCGUUUAAUCCCUUUUUAUUCCAGAAGUUUGGUCCUUAUGGGGUUAAAUAUAACAAUUGAAGCCCUAACUUUAAACUUAUUCUGAAAUUGUACAGUCAUCCCACGGAGAGGACCAGGUGACCUGCCUAAUACACGUGUUCCGAUUGGCCAGUCUUUUGAUUAUUUACUCUAUAUUGUGCUGUUCAUUAGGUUGGUGGCAGUGAUCAACAUGGUUCCUGAAGAAAUUAUUAUUAUUAUUAUUUAUAUAUAAGAUGCUGUGACUCUCCCUGAGCCUUGAUAUAAAUCUGAAAUGCUAAACAUUUUUUGGUCAAUACCUGGGUCUGUAAUAAAUAUUGAGGUGUAUAAAAACGAGCUUCCUGAAUUUGUUGGUAUAUUUUUUUUUUUUUUUUCCCCUUCAUGAUUUAGCAGCAUUUAAUUAAUUUAUAUUGUCAGAGUGAAACCUGCAACCAUAAUUAUGUAUUUAAGUGUCCGUUAUUGCCUGAGCGGUGGUUGGUUUAUGGCGUUCCUUCAGAAAGUUCACACAUUUUACUGAAAUGCAAUAUUGCCACAUUUUUAGAUGCAAAACCUGUUCUUGUAAAGACAUAAACCACUGUACUUGUUGUGAGCCCCAGGGUAAGAGGUAGCGUGUGACACAAAAGUUAUAACUCUCCUACUCCCAUUGUUUAGUUCUACAUCAGUCUGGCACUUAAUGGGUUUAGUACAGGACAAGGACACCUGACUACAUAUUACAUAAGGGAUGGAUGAGCACUGUCUAAGGAAUUGCAAAUAUAGUAAAUGGUUUUGAACAAAGAGAUACCUUAUCCCUUAGUAAAAGACAGGAAAUAUCUGAAACGUAUGCGUGAACCUCUGUAAAUAGCAGGUUGCUGCAGACUUUAUCACUGUAGAGAAAGCGUAUGUGUCAUUUAAAUAAUGCCCAAACACCUACGCCACACCUGUUCUGGUGAAACGUGUUGUUUUAGGACAGAGAGAGAUUUCUAUUGGUUUUCAUAGUUCCAAUAAAGCAUAUUACAACGAAUAUAAAAUUAUAUAUGGGCAGUUAGGGUAAUUUGCAACUGUGCCACACAAUUUUAGAAAAUAAACGAGAAUGUUAUCUGGAAAAAAGUUCAGAACUAAACCUUUUAUCUUAUUACUUUUUUCAUACCCACUUGUUAAAUGCUACGUUAUCUUAAAAAUACACCUCUAAUGGUAAAAUCUGUUUUCUGGUAAAUUGGUCUACUUGAGUAUUUCUUCUUGCGUUUAAUCCCUUUUUAUUCCAGAAGUUUGGUCCUUAUGGGGUUAAAUAUAACAAUUGAAGCCCUAACUUUAAACUUAUUCUGAAAUUGUACAGUCAUCCCACGGAGAGGACCAGGUGACCUGCCUAAUACACGUGUUCCGAUUGGCCAGUCUUUUGAUUAUUUACUCUAUAUUGUGCUGUUCAUUAGGUUGGUGGCAGUGAUCAACAUGGUUCCUGAAGAAAGUUAUGGAAUACCAGACAAAUGUUGCAGGACUCCACGAGCUGCGAGACGGCAUCAGCAGGAUGACAAACGGAACCAGGAGAGGCCAGGUCUAAUGGGAGAGCCCACUAUCCCAAUCCAGAGUCAGCCAUUUGCUAAUAAAUACACCAUGUCACCGGGUCAUGAACUGGGAAGGUAAAUCCAUUAUUUUAAACUCUCUCCAGAUUGAUAUUUGUCAUAACUAAUCUUGUGAGAUGCAGACAUGCUGUUUUUAUUGUAACUAAACAAUCCAGGGGUAUCACAAACCGGUCUUAAAAUUCUGGAAAAAGGGAUUUUAGUGUUGUGCUGUAUUAUGGUCACAUCACUUAAACCGUGGGACAAAACAUUCUUCUACUUGAAAUUGGAAUAUGUAGCUCUGUAAAACCUAUGAUUUAAAGCAGCUUAAUGGGACACCGUAGGCACUGUAUCUGCUUCAUCUCAUUAAACUGGUUAUAGUGUAUGGAGUCCCCUGGUGCCAUCAUUUCUUUCAGCAUUAAACAGUUUUUAAUGUUGUAAUGUUUUAAUGCUAAACAAGAGAUCCCGGCAGUCCAUCCCCUCUGUGCUGCUUUGGCUAAUAAGGACGUUUUACCCUGAGCAGCAAUGGUCAGCUGUGAUUGGCUGAGAGUGUCAGCUGACUGCUUUUAAACUGUCAGAGCUCCAACUGACGGUAUGACAACAAGGAAGUGUGUAAUCUCUGCCUUAGCUACACAUACAGAAGGGGCCGGACUGUGGGUGGCCAGGGACUCUUAUUUUGUGGCAUACUGCACGAACAUGGUGCAAUACUGAAUGGAGGGACAGUGCCAGGGCACUCCAGGCACUAUAACCAAUUCAAAGAGACAAAGUGGUUAUAGUGACUACAGUGUCCCUUUAAGUCAUCCCCUCCCGCCACUCCAAAAUAAAUGUAAAAUGUGGAAGAAAUACUUGCGUUGACUAAGUUUGGAAUUUUCAACCCAGUUAGGGGGGCAAAAAAAGCUCUUUCUAUGGAGGAUCUUACUGUAUCCUUCGUAAACGUUAAUGCUGUACUCUUACGCACACGCGAGAGUACAGUGCUGAUGUCUGCUCCUGACUGCUGAAGAGGACUGAACAGUAAAAGAUAGCGGCACCUGCAAGUUAUAAGUAAAACCUUCCUUCCCCUGUCCCCCCCGCCAUGGCCAUCUUAUCCGUAGUGGCCAUGCAAAAACCUGGGUAUUUACAAAUUAUGCAAAGACCCCAGACCAUGACAGAGCUGCUUUCAAAGUAAAACUUUGACAUUUAAUGCAGACGGCUAUAACAAGGAAGUACAUGGUUUUUAAAGGUAUACCGGGGCAUGGGGAAAUUGCAUAAGCAUUUGAAGGAUCAGUAGAGUUAAAACCUAUUUUAAUGGAGAAUAUUUAUGAUCCUAUGAGAACACGUUUUAGUUGAUUUUGAAGGGCUCAGACAUCUUAACUAGUGUCUGUCGUUCUGGUUUUGAGGGCGGCCAACGUGUCAGACAUUGUAGAUUGUCCGUAAAUAUUGACCGAAUAGUGUCUCCUAAUGAGUAGCUGUUACCUUUUCUUCCUUUGCUGUGCUCUUUGAUUCUGGGUAUUAAAGUCCUCUCUGUGUUGGUGGUUUGGUAUUUGCUACUUUUUAAUGUUCACUUUGUUACCAUUUUUUUUAAAGAAGAGCUGUCACUUUGUUCUUUAAAGUGACAAUUCCAUCCCACAGCCCAAUAAAUAUAGCUGAAGUGUUUUAUUGUAGCGAGCAGUGGAUGCAAGAAUAAAACCACUUGCCAACGCAGCAACUCAAGAUGUGAGCACUGCUAUGUCCCCAUAAUGCUCCCUUGUAUACCCAGGAGCUACCUGCUAGGAAUGUGCUGGCAAUGUCAUAUGAGCACACGGGCAUUCUUUCUGUAGUGCUAAUAGUUCCUAUUCCUAAGUGAGAAAACUCAAAAGGGUUAAUUGACAGGAAGUUACUGAAAUCAGAUCUCAAACAUCAGUCCUCUUCUCUCCCUUUUUUAAUGGCCCCUGUCAACAUUUCAUCCAAAUUAACAUUUUUACUUGUGGCUAUGUUUAUAUAUAAAUGUAAAGUCAGUGUGCAUGAGUUACUCAUCAUUUUUGACAUUACAUGUUUGCUGACUUAAUGGGGCCUUUCCUUUUGAAUAUAUUUUGUGCUUUCAGUGACUCGGUACUUACACUAUUCCAUAAAAUGGAGUUCUGAAUUCUAGUAAAAUUGUUAAUGUGUUAGAAAAAUGGUGAUGAGAGUGCGACUCUGAUCAUUAAAUUUAGUUGAUCUAAACUAUUGCUCCAAUAAUGCUGAUUGGUUUUCAAAGUUAUUCACAUAUAUGUUUUUGUUUGUUUUCGUGCCUGUGUGAGGGGGAGGGAGGGUGGGGGUGCUCCUCUCAUGUGAGUACAAAUGGAAAUAGUGUAUACUGUACUUUGCAAUUAAAUGGUCUGUGCAGAAUACAUCUGUAAUAGGAAGCCUGUCUAAUAUGGCUUGUUUAAAGCUUUAUACAGCACAAGCUUUUGGGAGGCAGGGGUGUGUGUGUGUAUCUUUCUAUCGAUUGCUCCUCUUUUAGGAACUUUGCUCACUUGUUAGUGUCACUUUAAUACAUAUUUGAUUCUGUUGUUUUAAAUUUUAUGUAUUCUGUUACACCAGUCAUUUCUCAAAAAAAUGCCCAAAUGCAUCAUUUUGCUUUUCUGCACAUUUUUAGUGUUCUGACAUUUUGCUUUGUAAAAGGCAAGCUGUACAGUUAUCUGAAAUACUGCUUUUCAAGUCUAUUCUGUUCUCUGUGUUAUCUGUAGAAAGUCCCCAUGCGGAGUUGGGUGGCGGACAACAGAUUUCAUGUUGUCAGUGGACUUUGUGUUUAGCGUUUCUGUUGGGCACGGGUCCCAGAUUGUUGCGCUUUGUACAACAAACGACUCUGCUUACUUUGUGAAAUUUUUAUCAAUGCUCCAGAUGUGGACUUAGCAGUAAAUGAGAUGUAGGAUAUUACCCAGCACAGCAUGGUUUGUCUCAAAUUCUGAGCUAAAAAGGUUUUGUUGUUUUUUUUUUUUGUAUUUCUUUAUUUUAAUGGGGGCCCUACAUCUAAAAUAAAACCGGAUGUAAAGCAUACAAGAUGUAUUAUUUCUAACGUACAUGUGUUCCUUUUAGUCUGUAUAUUUGAUGCUUUAAAGAGCGCAGUGUGUAGAUUGAAUCUGUCUAAUUCAAAAGUGAUGUUGUCAUUCUUUGACUUUCUAAACCUACAGGUUUAUUUAUAAGGAUUUCACAAUCAUCAUAGUGGAGAAUUAUUUUCUUUUUUUUUUCUUUUCCCUUUUAAACUAUACCAAACCAACAUGACUUCCUGUGUAUAGUUUUAAAAUGCCAAUUAAACUGGAUAUUUACCUUGGCUGGAUAUUUACCUGGAUAUAUCACCUUGGUUGCACAAAGUUCGUGUUAAACUACAUUCCGCAGUUUUUACUCCCACAUUUUAUAGUGAGCAUGCCAUGGCUACAGGUGGUAAAUGUCAGUCAUCACUCAUGUUUGUUGCCAUCUGUAGUGAUGUGCAGCUAGAUCAUUCUCAUUUUGACAAAGGAGUAGGUGUUCAACUCUAGCCACAAUCCUUGGGUGCUCUCUUGGUACCAAUAACAGUUGCACAUUUUUGGGAUGCUCUGCUCCUGUAAUAUAUAGCAUGUGGUGUGUUUUAUACCUGGCUGAACUGUGUUUGAGUGUAUUUAUUUUCAGUGCUCUAGUAAAUGCAUGUUGAAUGUAUAAAUCACAUGAACUGUCAGCAUGGCAAUAAUUUGUGUUUGUACAAUUAAGGCAGUAUUUGAAGGGAAUAAUGUAUUAUUUGCAUUAUCUCUGUCUCUAGAAAAUUAAAAAAAUAUUUUUAAUAUGUGAAGUCCCAGCUAUUGAUACAUCCAUGGAGAAUGCUGACUGCCAUUUUGUAGACAGAUAUAUACUUUUUUUUUUUUUUACACUUCUGUUAGGUCAACAGCAGAAGUAGAUAUGUGAAGGAUUGGUCGUAAAGGAAUAUGGUGCUAGUUUUUACAAAGAAUGAGUCACUGAUUGGCUGAAAGCAUCAGCUUACCGCUCUCAAACAAUCAGUGCUGGUUCUGCAAUAGCCUUCCUGUUUAACGAUUUCUUAGAACUGAAGGACAGAGAGUCAGGGAGAUGGAACACAUACAUUGGGGUUAUUAUUAUUUAUAAAGCACUAACAAGUUCCAUAGCGCUGUACAAUGGGUGGACUAACAGACCUUCUCGAACGGUUUAAACACUUAAGGUGAUCCAAUGCUGGGGACCUCCUGGUACCAUGACAACUUCAUUUUGAUUAGGUUGUUAUGGUGCCCAUAGUGUUUCUAGUUUCCCUUUCUUAAAUUUUUAUAUAUAUUAUUUUUUUUUAUUUUUUAUUUUUUUCAUUUAACCAAGAAUGUAAAUUAUGCUUUUUAGCUAAACCAGAUGGGAUGCUUUGGUUCACUAAUUUUAAAGGUAGAGUGUAAGCUUUAAAAUUACCUCCUUUUAAUGAAGUUACUUUGGAGGCUUAGUUGCUGCCUCUGCUUUGAUACAGUGCGGUUUUUUAAAAACAGGGCUGUGUUUUUUUGUUUUUUUUUAUAUAUAUAUAUAUAUAUAUAUAUAUAUAUAUCAGUGCUAAUUCUGUUAUUCAGACAGUGACUAGGCUAAGGGCUUCAGACCGGUUCAAUAAUUGCUGCAAAGUAAAUGGGUAUGUGUCCAGUAGUGCACAUAGAGCCUGCGCAUGUGAAGUGACAAGUCUCUCCUAGAGCUGUAUUACAGAUGUUUAAUUGCAAUAUUUAACUUGUUUAUUUCUAUGGGGCAUGGGAGCAUAAAUCAGGAUAAAGGAACACAGGAUUAAAGGACCACUAUAGUGCCAGGAAAACAUACUCGUUUUCCUGGCACUAUAGUGCCCUGAGGGUGCCCCCACCCUCAGGGACCCCCUCCCGCCCGGCUCUGGAAGGGGGAAAAGGGUAAUAACUUACCUUUUUCCAGCGCUGGGCGGAGAGCUCUCCUCCUCCUCUCCGCCUCCGUUACGCCCCGCCGGCUGAAUGCGCACGCGCAGCAAGAGCUGCGCGCGCAUUCAGCCCGUCGCAUAGGAAAGCAUUUACAAUGCUUUCCUAUGGACGCUGGCGUGAUCUCACUGUGAAAAUCACAGUGAGAAGCAUGCAAGCGCCUCUAGUGGCUGUCAAUGAGACAGCCACUAGAGGAUUAGGGGAAGGCUUAACCCAUUCAUAAUUAUAGCAGUUUCUCUGAAACUGCUAUAAUUAUGAAAAAAUGGGUUAACCCUAGAAGGACCUGGCACCCAGACCACUUCAUUAAGCUGAAGUGGUCUGGGUGCCUAGAGUGGUCCUUUAAACCUUUUAUUGUUAUCUUUCUGAUUAACAUUUAAUAACAAAUAUUGAAAACAAGAAUCAUCUGACCUUAACGAGUGUGCAUAGCACAUUGAACAGUUUUGUGGCUUUUGAUAUGGUUUAAGAGAAGAAAAAUCACAUGUAGCACAUGUGGUCUAUAGAUUUCCAUUGUAUGUUUUUUGUUUUGGUUUUGUUUUUUGGGUGGAAGGAGUGGAGAUUUUUUUCAGGCAAUAAGCGUAAUUGAUUUAUUUUGCCAAUUAUACAGCAUAAACCAUUGUAUUGAAUAACGUGUUUGGUGUGUGCAGACAUAUGUUUAACAAUGCAUUUACUAUCUACUGACUUAAGGUGAAAAUAGUUUUCAGUCAUUCUUUUCCAUACCAUAACUAUGUUUGUGCUCCACUUGUAGUGUUUUGAAAAGACUUGGCUAUGUGCAAGGUUUGUUUCACUUCUCUAAUGCUGCCACAUUAAAGAAUCCAACAAUUGGUUAUCAGGAAAGUACUGGUUUUGGGGGUCUCUCUCCUUUUUUUUUUUUUUUUUUUUUAAUCAAAAUUGGAUUUUCACUGCUUGUAAUUUUUCAAGCAGUGAUUUUUGUUUUUAUUAAAAAAAACAUUUUUUUUUUUUUAAUGAACUAAAAAUACAUAUAUCUCCCAAGACUCUACGUACCAUACCCACUAUAAACAGGCUGCAGACAAAGGCUCCUUGCCUUGCCACAGUAGGCUGCAGUGAUUAUAGUGUUCUAUUCAUGGGGCUCUCCAAAGCAUUAUAUAUGUAUUCACCCCCAAUUUUAUUGAACAUCGACAAAAAUCAAACGAGCGAUCUAAACAUUUCUGGGGUUGCAGUAUCUCUUGUAGAAAGAACCUGCAUGAUUUCUUUAAUAAUUACCUAGAGUACUAAGCUCAUGCUGUGCUUCUCAUUGAUAUUUUCCUUACUGGCACAAAUGAGGCGAAAUAUUUUUUGAGUACCGUUUGCUCAGUGUGUAAUGUAUGUGUGAGAGGGCAUUAGUUGCAAAAGUAUUACAAUGGUUGGAAUAAUACAUACAGGGCUUCCGUUUUGUCAGAAAGCAAGAAGCACUUUGUCCAAUGGGAAAUAAACAAGCUGUCAGCCUUCUAUAAACACAGCGGAUAUAUCCUUUGCUUUAACCAGGAGUUGUCAUUGAUAACAGAGGCCCGUGGUGGAUUCUGUGUCUGGGGAAGCAGACUGAUCAAUUGCUGGUUAUUCAACACAUGCUUUACAUGAUCACGCCAAGCCUUUGAUCAGUCUGCUGCAAGAAAAAGAUGCUCAGUGUAAAGGUUUUAAGCAGUUCUGAUGUAACCCAAUCAAACGGCUAUGAAAAAGCAUUCCUGUCUGUUAAUCCUUUCUUUUUGUAAUCCUUGGGUGAAUUGGGAGACCAAGGGAUGGAUUUAGCUAGUGAUGGCAGCGGUAGUGAGUAAUUAUUAAUGGGUGAUAAUGCUAUGCAUUGCAAGGCUUUUUACAAAGAUAACCUCCUGCUAGUUACAUCUAUUAUAUGCAAAUACUUCCCAUUUGUCAUUGUCCAAAUGCAGGAAAUCUGUUAAAAAUAUCAAUAUAAAUUAGCACUUCUGUUCCCUGACUGAGACUCCCUGUCCUAAUUAAUGGAUAUCCAUUAAAACAGUGUCCCUUUAGUCCUCCCAAGUGUCAGGCUGCCCGCCUUCACCUUUUAAAUAAAAAUACUAAAGUUUCCUUUCCUUUUUCACCAGUGGUGAGUACUCUCUCUCAAUGCAUUGACUUGCUGAAGUGCUUUUGUGGUUUGGAGUGCCCCUUGUUGCAUCAAUAAUGGCCAUAAAUGCCAUAAUCACUGCAGCUUAUUGCUGUGGUGCAAGGAGUUUUUAAAUUGCAGCCUGUGUAUAGUGGUUAUGGUGCAUAGAGUCUUUGGGUACAGUGCCACUGUUUUUGUCCCACUGUCUUUCGUUGCUAAAGCAGAUUGACAAAACACUGCAAGGCACUGCACCCAGAAAUGGUUCACCCCAAAACCAGAACAAUAAGCUGGAAUUGCAACCUGUAAGCUUACUGGAACCUCCACAGCAGUGCCUUGAGCAGCAUCGGUGUCUGCUAACUUGUUUGACCAAUCAUAGUUGGGGAAUAUGAGCUUAUGCCUUUUGGCUAGUGUUGAAGUAUGAUUAGAAGAUUCUAAGAAAUGGGUCAUGCUUGCAAAGCAUGUAAAAAAUGUAGUAUUCUGCAAUUUGAGAAAGCUGAGUAUUCUGCAAUUUAUUUAUUGGCAAGGGCCUCAUCUCCAGCUAAAUUUCUCAUCAUGGCCUUUUUUUGCCCAUUGUAUAGAUCUGCAGAUUAUUGAAUAUAGACUUGGCAUUACAUUUUAUCUGCUCAAGGGAACAUUGUGGUAUUAACUAAUAUGGGGUGCAGAUCAUUUUAAAAGUUCCUCGCGUUUCCAGCUUUGAGAUAGUGACUCUUAGCGCUGGCUGCGAUGCUCCACGUAAUUUUUGGAAGCAUCAGGAUACUGCAAGGGAGCUCUUAAUGGGACAUUUCUGCCUCCUCACAGCUGGCUAGAGCUUUAGGCCCAGGCCAAACACCUUAUGGGUAAUGUGGCUCUGGGUAGAAUUACAAUAAUUGUAAAGGGUAAAAUGCUUAUCAUACGGUUGCUUGGAGGGUUUUUAUCUUUAUAGUCUGUGUCUUUUAUAGAUUUUGCCUUUUUAUACAAUUCAGUCUCUGUAGCUGGAAUAAUACAAACUUAAUGCUGUUGUAUAGAUAAACAAAAGUAAGCGUAUACAAUAUGAAUAAUCUCAGAACCUUGGCAUGUGUGGGAAAGAAACCAAAGUAGUAUACCUUGUUUGGAUUGGUGCCAAUAAUAAAUAGCAUGAGCAGUGUUCGUAGUGGUAUGCACUGAAAAAUCUACCAUACAUAGUCCUCUGUAGACGUACAAUUGUUUCAAAACUUAAAGGGACACUAUAGGCAUCCGGACCACUUCAGCUCAUUGAGGUGGUUUGGGCGCAGUGCCCCUGUCGGUUUAACCCUGCAAUUGUAAUUAUUGCAGUUCUUGAUACACUGCAAUAAUUGCGCUGCAGGGUUAACUCCACCUCUAGCGGCUGUCUACAAGACAGUCACUUGAAGCUCUUCCAGGACUCCAGGUAAACCAUUCUACAGUGUGCUGUAGUGGUUAUGUUUUGGUCUGUUUCUUUAAGCUCUGUUUUAAGUAGAGUUCCAUUUAAAUACUUCCAUGGUUCUUAAUAAACUGCUGAAUAAAUGUAUUGUCCAUUUCUUGUCUUUUUUUUCUUCAACGCAAUCAAGGUGAUUGUAUAGUAAACAGUAAUUGUUACUUUGGCAUGUUUAUGCCACUUUAUUUCACUUUUUUUUUUUUAUUAUUUUUUUUUUUUUAAUCAUCAGUCAUGUUGAUCAGUAUUGCUCCGAGCAUGAUUUGAGUUGGAUGUGGACACAUCUUCUGACUUUCACAAAUCUUAUACGUAUAUGCACCUAGAUAUUGUCCAUAGGCCUCUACUGCCAAACAAGAUGCCCCUAAUGUCACUCAUCAUUAACAGCUGACAUUAGAGGGCUUUGCAGCACUGAUUUUAUAAAAAAAAAAAUAAAAACAUUUAUUUAUGUAUUUUUGUUUAAUGUAUAUUAAUGUUUACUUUAGAGCAUAUUUGGUACUAGACAGAAUCUCAGGAAGUCCGAAUGACUAUUGUUUGCUUUUGCUGUGUAGUGCUAGUCUUAAACACUCUUUCAUCCUUGCGGUCUCCAAGAGCGUAAAAAUAUUUUAAGUGCUCCAUGGAAACGCCUGUCAGAGAAACACGGGAUUGGCCAGCCGUCUAACAAGAAAUCCCCAUUUCUCACAAUCAAUCCUUUAAAUGCCAAGUUGUUCUGUAGAAACCACUGUAACAUGCUUCUGGCACACUUUGAUUUGAUAACGUUCAAUUUCCCAUCACUCCAAUGGCUCUCAGGCUCCUGGAACCAAAGCAUAUCAUUGUGUUUCCCCCCCCAUUGUAUUUGCAAUACGUUGAUGCUGCGAUGGUUAACACAGAGUGACAGAGCUCUCUAUUUUCAGUUUCAUUUCAACCAUCAUUGCAUUAGUCCUUAUGAUGCCUAUUCAAGCCACUGGAUGAAGCCCACUGCAAGCUUUAGAUCAGGGGACAGUUGCGCAUUUCUUAUUGGUAUGAUUGUGUAGUGUCUGUACCUGUUUGAAGAGAAUAAGAACACAAAGGUGUGUGUGUGUGUUGUAGAUUGGAUUAGUCCAGUAGACAAGAUGCCAAAAAUACCAGAGUAUUGCAGUAUACAUAGUUACACAGCUGAAAAGAGAUUUGCGUCCACCAAGUUCAGCCUUCCUCACAUAUGUUUUUGCUGUUGAUCCAAAAGAAGGCAAAAAACCUAAUCUGAAGCGCUUCCAAUUUUGCAUCAAACUAGGAAAAAAAUCCUUUUUGACCCCAAAAUAGCAGUCAGAUGUCUCCUUGGAUCAAGCAGCUAUUACCCCAUUAAUUAGAAAUUAUAUCCCGGUAUGUUAUGUUUUUGCAAGUAUUUAUCCAAUUGUAGUUUAAACAUCUGUAUGGACUCUGAUAAAACCACCUCUUCAGGCAGAUAAUUCCAUAUCCUUAAUGCUCUUACUGUAAAAAAAAAAAAAAAAAAACCUGCAAUGAUCUUUUUUUAUUUUAUUUUUUAUUAUUUAUUUAUUUAUUUUUAUUGGACUAACCUAAUAUUUUCAAAGACAAGAUUUCGAGAGUUUUCCUCUCUUCCUCAGGUCUGAAGCAAUACUGAUCAAUCUGAGUUAAACACUUAAAACAACUGAUGUUAGAGGAGGGAGUGAGUGGGGUGUCAUAACUGUGUGUGGUCAAAUGCAUCCCUUACUGAUCACCUUCUUAAACUGGAAUUGGUUAAAUGUAAGUAUCGUUUACGUUUGGUUAUGUGGAGGUUAUUGCACACAUAAUAAGCCAACCAUAAACAAUUAACUAUCAGGAAAAUGCUUUAGUCUCUCUAGUGAGUCAUGCUACUUACCCCUUAUGAUUAAUGUGAGUUUGCAAGCUUUAAAGCCAGUUUAGCUUAAGGAAAUAAAGUGGCACUCGGGCUGAUGUUACAAAUUGGAAGCAUACCUAGCAUUUGGCCUAUCAGCUUAUUAAUGUUCUCUUCGCUCCUUGUUUUCUUGGGUUUUGAAUUCAGAAGUGAAAAAUAUAUGCUAGAAUUACUUCCUUUUUCUCCCUCUUCCCUCCCUCACCAAAGGAACAAAAAAUACAUUGUGAUCUAACUCUGUGGCUGCAGAUUGUCAUUGGUCUUUAACCCCUUAAGGACCAAACUUCUAGAAUAAAAGGGAAUCAUGACAUGUCACACAUGUCAUGUGUCCUUAAGGGGUUAAAGGACCACUAUAGUGCCAGGAAAACAUACGCGUUUCCCUGGCACUACAGUGCCCUGAGGGUGCCCCCUACCUCAGGGUCCCCCUCCCGCCAGGCUCUGGGGAGAGGAAGGGGUUAAAAUCUUACCUUUCUCCAGCGCCGGACGGGGAGCUCUCCUCCUCCUCUCCUCCUCUCCUCCUUCAUAGCGACGUCAUCGGCUGAACCGAUGACAAUGUUUCCUAUGGACGCUGGCGUCUUUUCACUGUGAUUUUCAGUGAUAAGCACGCAAGCGCCUCUAGCAGCUGUCAAUGAGACAACCACUAGAGGCUGGAUUAACCCUAUUAUAAACAUAGCAGUUUCUCUGAAACUGCUAUGUUUAUUUAAAAAAGGGUUAACCCUAGCUGGACCAGGCACCCAGACCACUUCAUUAAGCUGAAGUGGUCUGGGUGCCUAUAGUGGUCCUUUAAGUAUUUACCAAUAUGUUAUGUUGUAAUGGGACUUGAGCACAUGCGCUAGAGAUUGUUGUACAUACAGUAGUUCUGUUUCCUUUAGCCGGCUGUGGGUUCUGGUUUUAAACGCUACUCGCUUCUUUAAUAUCUUAUCCUAGCCUGGGGGACUACCUUGGGCAAUGCAGUUAAGUUGGUUUGCAUUUUGUGCCAUAUACUUUAACUAAAAAGGCUUUGUGUUCUUACUAUUCACUAAACAGGAAACUGUAAUUUCAGGCAAGCAAAGCUUAAUUUUUUUUUUUUUUUCUUUCUUCCCAGGUUUGGUAUAAAAUGUGCAGUUCCCUUGCCCAUUCUCCACGGUUUUCUUUCCGUGGUGAAAUAUAGAGCAGUCUGUACUUUUAAAGUGUUAAGAUUUGGUUGUUAUUUAACGUUAGCGUGACACUGUGACAAUCUUGUGAUGGGUGUAUGAACUAUAGUCUUCUUUCGCCUGAGGAGAUGAUUUGCUUGUAUCUAUCAAUUGAUAUUUGUUACUGUCUGUAGUGUACAUCGUGGAUAUUGAGAUAUAUUGCCCAAUCAUGUAAUACAUUCCUCAUACAUGUGACUGACCUCAUCAUCCUUUCACAGUGGGUUAGUCUGCUUUAGCUGGAACAUGUAAGCAGCGACACACUUCCAAACUAUUCUAGUGUUACGAAUAAAUUUGCUUCCAUCCAAACUGUUUGUUUUAUAUUACAUUUCCACUCUUCCAAAGGAUGUCAUCAUUGCUCUGUUACUCACUUUGAAAGUUAACAUGUUCAUGUAGAAUUUAGCAGCUAUUCUAGUUUUUUUGUGUAAAAAUAAAAUUAAAAUAAAAUAUAUAAUAUAUAUCUCUAUCUAUCUCCUUUUUAAUUAACAUUCAGCGUUUUUUUGCAGCAUAAAUGUUUAUUUUAAUUAGAAGUUUGUUUGUUUUACAGCAGAUACCGGUGAUGGGUUUCACACUUUCAAAACAGAGAGAGCCUUUUUUCUGGAAUAGAACAUACAAGAAAUAGAAUCAGUCUUGUAUCAGUAAAGUUACUCUCUAUUUGUUACAAAUCCCUAAAGUUACAUUAGAUGUGGGGGGAUGAGGGGGGUGAUUGAUUUUAACCCCUUAAGGACACAACUUCUGGAAUAAAAGGGAAUCAUGACGGAAUAUUUCCGUCAUGUGUCCUUAAGGGGUUAAAGAGACACUUUGCGCUCUUAUUGGACAUGCACAUACAAAGUGCAUGCAAGUCUGUACGAUUGCUUUCUUUCUGUAGGUGAACCUGUGCAGCUGGAUCACUAACAUAAUUGCCACAAACUGUUUAAUUUGAACAUUUUGCUAUGUGGUAAGCGAAUAGAAGCAGCUGCUAUUUGAUUGCACAGAAGUUUAAUUUUUGUUAGUUUCCCCCCUCCCUAUAUCCAUGGGGGAAAAAAUGCUUGUGCUGCUCGACACAACUAUCCCUCGAAAAUCCUGGUAGGACCAUCACUAGCAAACAAAUCUGAGUGCAAAGUGCAUGCAAAGUGUGUGUUUGGGGGUGGUCUCCGCACUGUAUAGUCAUUUUAAUGGUUGGUUUUGUUUCCUUUCUGUUUAAUGGAAAAGGGGGAAAAAAAGCUCCUACCAUGCAUCUUGCAUGUCUUCCCCCAGGCCACUGCACCCACCUUAACCAGGAAAUGGCAUCUGCAGUGUAUCACUGUAUGAAUCAUAGUAAAUCAUUUUAACUUUACGCCUGGCUGGAUUGUGCAUGCAUCAACAGAUUUCAUUGACUCAUAUCAAGAAAGUCUCUUAGACGUUUCAAUGGUAUCCUUAGUGGUUCAUAGUCCUUUUUUUUUUAUUUUUUUUUUAAUCAACCACGCAAUUUGUUUCACGCACACAGCUGUCUUAUUUUUGAUGUGUGUAUUAAUAUAUGUAAGUGAACUUCCUGUUUUACCUCCUUACCUGCUAGUAAUGUCAAUUCUGUGCAAAAUUGUCAACUGGUGCUAGCACAGACAACACUGUUUUGUGUAUUUAAAUAUGUAUUUUAUUCAUUGAGGUUAUUUCUAAAAACUUGCAAAACCUAUAGUUCACUUGUCUUGCCUUUGCAAGCCCUCCCCUUCUAUCCCCACCCAGACUUUCUGUGACUGUCCAAUCACAGACUUCCCAAUGCAGCUCUGUGGUGUUCGUAGUUGGAGUAAUUCUUAAAGUGUUUUUGUUUUUUUGGCUCCCCUCUCUUUUCAGUUUGGCUCGGGGGGAGGCCAGACCAGCGCACAGGGGGUUACUACAACAAACAACCCUUGAAUGUUUCAUGAACCCAAUAUCUAUCUAUAGCUAUCUUGUUCAUCUGCUUGUGUAUCUCAUUAUAACGAGGUUUCACCAGUAACCAGUUCCAUAAGUUCUGAAUUCCAUCAUGGAAUUUGACAGGUAAAAGUAUUUCACUGUGAGCAUAGAUAGUGUAGUUAAACUGAAUUUGACUUUAAUAUUAAAUUCCUGCUAGCAGGGGUUCAGAGGCACUCAUCCACUACACAUGGCUUUGUUUUUAUAGCUUAAUGUAUUUCCGGCACUUUCUAUAGCAGACUAUACAUACUGCUCCCCUGAGUAGACUGUCUGUUUGUUUAUAUGUGUAAAUCUUUGUACUCCCGGAUUUUAAAAGCUUCAGUAGUAUAGACUUGGCAACCAUAUAGCUUCAAACUCUUUCCCAGCAUGCUUCCAUCUUUUCAAGCAUGCAGGGAUUCAGAUUGGAUUAAUCUGUGUUUGCAUAUCUACUUGCGCAGAAGUAGGUCACAUACAAUGCAAUCAGAGCUAUUGAAUGCCCAGCUCUUUAUGUCAAAGUAUGACUUCAUGUACUAAAAAUGUGAAGGACAAAACAAUGUUUACAUUUGUCUGGUUCCAUGGUGGUAGCUGUUUUUGUUUACAUAGUUUUUUUUUUUUUUUCUUCUAAACUUUGCAAAAGUUUUGAUUCGUUAUGGAUAAUCUAGCUAUAUUGUUCUUUGAUUUUGUUGCCAGAAUUUAAAAAAAUAAAACUCAAAACCUUUCUAUUGCAUGCAUUUUGUUUUCAUAAUUGUGAUUGUAUGUGCUUGCUUAAUUUUUUUUGUACAUCUUUAAAGAAUCAGUGUUGGGCCCCAUAACCAUCAUAGUUUUAUUAUAUUUGUUAUGGUGCAAGGAGUUGGGUGUAAUCCUUUUUUUAAAUUUUUUUUUUGUUUGUUUUGUUUACUGUAUGUGUGGAAUUGGAGGGAGCUAGUGUCUGUUCCAUGGAUCUGAAAAGUCCAGAAAUUAAAAAUGUGGUUGUGCCAGAACGGCAGCGAUAACUAAGCAGGAGCUUGAUAUAACCCAUUGAUCGGUACCUCAUUAGAUUACACCCCUAGUGUUCAGUGUAUCAUUAGAAUCCAUAUUUGUACGAAUGACUGUGGGCAAUUCGUUGUCCUCCCUAGGAGUGAAGAAUGUCUUUUGGGGCUGUCCCAGCCAUUGUAUUAAAGCUGCAACAUAAAUACCAUACUAUAAUAAUUGUGGGCAUUAUGGCAGGGCUUGACAAAUUUGUUUGGAAUUUGGGCGCCAGCUAAAAAAGUUAGGAGCAGUUUAUUUUGUUUUUGUUUUUGUUUUUUAAGGGACACUAUAGUCAACAGAACCACUACAGAUUAAUGUGGUUAUUCUGGUGCCUAUAGCCUGUCUCUGUAGCCUUUUUAAUGUAUACACUACCUUUUCAGAGAAAAGGCAGUAUUUACAUUGCUGCCUGCUAAAACCUAAGAACGUGGUCGAAGUUACCCGGUUACUCUGCAACUGUAGUGUGCGGAGCAGUAGGUCGUCAUUUUUCAUGCAUAUUCCAUCUUUCUCUAUGACACAUCUGGCAACUGAUAUGGCACUGAAUUGGAUCAAUGGUUUCUGGGUUGAGAACUGGUAGUUGUAUUGACGAUGGAAUUUUUACAUUAUUUUUGAUAGGUAUUAAAUGGUUAUUAGUGUUUUCUUUUAUGAGAGCAGUGCAAUUAAUUUGUAGUGUAAUUUCUCAAUCUGUACUUCUCUCUCGAGCAGUAGUGUUAUCAUGCAGGUGGAGGCAUGAUGGCAGACCCAAUCAGCAACUGUACCAACCUUGUAAGCUGCUAUGUAUGUAUUGACAUCACGCAAAUGUGGCCAAACUCAAAAGUUUAACCAUUCUGUGAAAUAGAACUGAAAUUAUUGGCCUGUCUGAGACAACUAAAUUGGCUCCAGCUGGCAGAAAUUCCUUAUUUCUUAUUGGGUUCACCUUAAAGGAAAGGAAGGAAGUGAUGGGGAUUGGACCACAAUAUUGAUCAAGCACAUGAUCUAUACAACAUUGUUACACUAGAAUAUCGCCUUCACUUCUUUUGUACUAAAAAUGGGCAUUCACUCUAGAAGUGGGUGUAUUCUAUUUGUUCCUGAAUAACAUAUUGCUUGGCAUACUAUUCGGCAACAAGUCCUUUUACUCUGUGCUUUCCAUAGUUCUCCAAAGGUUUGAUUAAUUUAUAUUGUUUUAACAAGGACUAAACUAGCAAAUAUUAUGUACUGUAAGAGCUGUGUUCCCUUUACUUCUCUCUACUAGAACCUCCACCAAGUUACUGUAUCUUCCUAGAGUAAUAUAUGAAGUUAUACUGAUGACACAUAACAUUAAGUGAUUUUUAGUGUGGGGCUAUAGAUAAAUAAUGCAGUUUGUUGUAUAACAGAUUUGCAUUUGUUUUGUUUUUUUCUUAUUUUAUUCUAUAGGCACAUUAUGUUUCUUGUAGAGGUAAUGUACUUAUUAACCUGCAAAAGAGUAAAUGUUUGCUGAUCAGCAGUAGCACUUUGCUGUCUGAUUAAGAUAAUCUUAUCUAAAACUCUUCCACUUUUCUUUUGAUCUAGAGGAAAGUUUGCUGUAGUGAGGAAAUGCGUGGAGAAAGAAACGGAUAAAGAGUUUGCGGCCAAAAUCAUGAGAAAACGGCGAAAGGGUGAAGACUGUCGCAUGGAGAUCCUUCACGAGAUUGCGGUAUUGGAGCUGGCUAAGGACAGCCCAUGGGUCAUCAAGCUUCAUGAAGUUUACGAAACAAACUCUGAGAUGAUCCUUGUCCUCGAAUUGUACGUAGAACUGGUGAAACACCUAGUUUUUAUAAACUUAUUUUGUAGACUCUACUGGCUAAUCAGCCAUAGCUUAAGUACUGUCUGAGAAAUUAGAUAUGCAGAACUGUGUCAUAUCUGGUAAUAUUUGACAGAUUAGAUGGGGUAGAAUUCUGGAAAAUGUUUUGCAAAAUUUCCAAAUGGCAACUUUUGUAGUUUCUACUUUUUGCUAUCAAUGGGGUGUGACAGUGCAGUAUAUGAGCAUAUUUUUUUGCGUGUGCUAGGCAUAAGUCCUAUGAAUGGCUUCCCGUCUCUGAAAUAUUCUGGAUACAUUUAACACUAAGAACAGUCCAAAUGUAAGAGAUGCAGCAACCUCAGAUAAUCAUUUCAGCCUUCUUUGGGCCUUAUUAUUGGUUUAGGCAUAAUGGUUUAAGAAUAAUUAGGCCAAUGUCCAGAUUGCCUUUUUAAAUAGGGGAGAUCCUAAGCAAAUGCUCUGGAGCGGAAGUUUUAGUGAUCUAAAACUUGUGUGGGACUUUAGCCGAGACCAACCUAAGAGCAAACUGGUUUGUCUAUUCCCAUUGUUUUCAGAUUUACUGAAGUUUACUUCAGUAUGGUUAGGCGUUUUAUAAAUUAAAGAGGGAUCGAGAGCUAGUUCAGCGUUCUUGCAUCUAAAACGAAUACUGGACUUUGCAACAAUAUCUAAUUACUCCAAAGAAUAUAUUAUUUCUGUGAGACCUUAAUCUGUUGCGUUUUACGGUUCUUUUUCGCAUCCUUUCUAUUGGUGGUAAAUAAAGUCCUCAUAUCGUGUUGUGCAAGUGAUGAAAUACGUGAAUGUCCUUCGUGCGAGUAUAGUAUUUGCUCUGUAAUCUAGUUGUGUGAUGUAUUUUUUAUUUUUUAACCUGUCACUGAAAUCGAGGUUAAAGAUUAACAUGUUCUCAUACCUACUGUAUCUGAAGAGAGAAAUAUUGCUUGCUUACAAUACACUGCUUUUCAUGGACCAUGGCAACCACAUUCCAUUCAUUGGAGCUUGUCUAAUUUAGUUAUCUUGCCCUUUUUGACCAAUGAUUAUUUGAAUGUCAUUGUUGGGUCUCUCACCUGUGUCACAGAACAGCCCAGCAGGUGUUAAUCUUCUAGUAUGUAAGCAAAAGGUGGUUAGAAACACUGAACGGUUGUAUCUUUAAUGUUAAAGACAGAAUGUUUCAUUGAACAACUUCCCCUGAUGAUGGCUUCCUAUCUCUACUUUUCUUGUUGCCCUAUAGGAGUUCCAUUCUGUAUGUGACUAACAUUUCAAUUCAAUGUUGUAAUAUGUGGGUUGAAAUGUCAGUCCUAUUUUAAAAUGAGUUUACAUUAAAGUCUACAACUUUUAAACCUUGGAAAAACCGUGAGUGCUGGUCAUCCCUCUACUCUGCCUAUAUUGCUUCCCCCAGACUGCGAGCACCCAGUAACUAUAUUUUGGAGCCUUGGAGUACAAGGAUUUUGUGGAAGAAAAAUAAAAUAAAAUAUAUCUAUAUCUAGAUCUCCAAUAAAAUUCUUCUCAUAGAGAAGCUUUUUAUCCAGACCUUCAGUAUGAGAAGCAUCAGAGGAUGUCCAAUGCACGAGGACAUGGAACGUCACAGAAUCUGACUGUCAGGGGUGCAGAUGGACCUUUAAGGCUAUCUUUCUAAAGGUGUUGCUUAGCCCUACAAUGCAAAUACAGCUGUAUCUCCAAAACGGGUUGGGUUUUUUUUUUUUUUAAUUUUUUUUUUUAACCUUGCCGGACCAAAAUGACUGGGGCACGAAGCCCAAGUGGUCUGGGUGAAUAGAGUGGUCCUUUUUAACUUUGAAAUAUUACUGUGACUUCUAUCAAAGUAGAAAAGAUAUUGACAAUUUGUUUCUUGUGUUUUUAACAAUACCCAUUUGAGGUCAGAAAGUUACUAGGUUGACAGCCUCUAGACAUUCUAGUUAUAUUUUAGCAUUUUACCUCGGAUGAAAAAAAAAUAUAAUGAUGGAAACCAAACUCCCUCACCCCUUUAAUUUUCAUAGUGUAUAGAAAAACGCACGCGUGCACACACCUAGGCAUAUUCAUUCUGAUUCACAAUUUUAAACUUGCACACAUUUCCUCACACUUGCUCACUCGUCCCAUCCUCACCCUUCUACAUCUCUCUCUUCUGUCAAUGGUGAGGAGGGACAGGAGAUUAAGAGAUACAUCAUUUAAGUGCCUGUGUCUAAUUGGGCGUGAGCAGUCUUUGCAUGCUGCAGUUGCAGAAUUCAGAUUGGUCUUCCACACUCUUGACUCAUGUCAUUGAGAUGACACAUACGCCAGGUAUUGUCAGGAUUCCAUAACUGAGGCAUAGUUCAGCUGCCAGGAUUACUCUAUCAAAUCCAGGGGAGAUCACCCACACACUUCAGCUUAACUGAGCACCUUUGCAGAGAUCUAAUCUAAUUACACAAAUGAUCUGGCAUCUUUAUGUGGUAAAUGGCUUAUGUUCUAGGGAAUAGGGUGUCGAGGUAUCCCAGUACAGUACUUGGACUACUUGAGACAGUCCUUGUGUACUGGGAAAACACCAAUUGUCUUAGAAACCCAUAUUUCUGAAUUCAGAGUGACAAUUGCCAUUGAUUGCAUUAUAAAUUAAUGUUUUCAUAGCAUAUUCAUCAAAGUGGAUUCAUACAUUGCACAAGUCAGAGCCUCUGUCACAGUAAUGUCUUGCACGUUCUUGAAUUAAAAAUGAAGUUUCUCUGAAACAAUCAUCUUGGACUUUUUUUUUUUAUUAUUAUUUUUUCCAUGAGUUCUGCUUUCAAUUCAACUUUAAAUGUUUUAAAUGGAUUUUAACUUGUAUCUGCCAUGGUAGCUUCCAUUAGUAUAUGUUUCUGUGUAUCUACAUCACAAUUUAGAUGUUAAUUUUAGUAUUUUUUUUAUUUAUUUUUUUGGUAACUGCAAAAUUGCAACAACAAAACAGUGGUGACGUUCUCCUUAUAUAGAGGCAGCUAGGGGUGAAGAGAAGAUGGUCAUAUUUACCUGAAUUUUUCAUCUUGGAAAUGCCACCUUCUUGUUGGUCCUGGUCAUUAACUAUUGAUAUCUUUGUUUGCCAUAAGCGAUUCAUGACUAAACUCCAAUACAUGGAUGUGCAGAAAUGCUAUAUGAUUCUAGGGUCAUUGCACAAGUAGAUGCUUUGUCCCAUCACAAGUGGUGUCUGAAACUUGGCCUAUAGUGACCGAACCACUGGGAAUAAACUCUCUAAUGUUGCACAAGUAACCCUGAAAAAAAAAAAAAUACAAACAAACGUAAAACAAUAAUAAAUCCCUGCUACUCAUACUUUAAAUACUUCUAUUCUCCGAGACACCUCGAGACACCUCUGUUUUUUUUUGUGUGACGAAUAGGCACUUUGGUUCCACAAUAAAACUAGGAAAUUAAGAAGAGAUUCUCUGAAAUGUAUAGUUUUAUUACUUGAGCAUUUAUGCUGCUAGGGACUCACAGAUUAAAACUUUUUUUUUUUUUUUUUGCUUUGCUGAAAUGUUCCUUUUAGUAAACUGAAAUUGUAGUAAAAUUAGUUUCUCUUCCAGAAAAGGUACCCCUCUCUGAAAUGUAAGUGGUGUAAAAUACACUUUUUUUUUCUUUUUUGAUAUUGCUGUAAUUAACACAGCUACCUAAAACACUUCUGUUUGCUGUAGUUUGCAAUUAGCAUGUGUUGCCCCUCUAUCCUCUUUCCCCAACCCAUGUGCCUAGAGAAGAAAGGGCUCAUUGUGAAAUAAAUUUGUGCCUGGUUUUAUGCCCAGUUCUCGCCCACCAAGCAAACAGUUUGUGAAACAAAACUACACUCUGCAUCUGUUAUUCUCCUGUGCUUCACACGCCAUCAGCUGUCACUGUUGGUACCCUGUCAUCCUGCACGUCGUCCUUAUUCGCAUGUCCUGAUAUUUGGAGGCGAUAAUUUGCAGGGUGUUCUGUUGAUAUCCACUGCCUAUCUAUUUUUUUAAACUAACAAAUUUUCAAUGACUAUUCAAUUCUUAAAGGGACCCUAUAUUCUCCAGAACUACUACAGCUUUAAUGUAGUGGUUCUGGUGUUUAUAUUCUGACCCUGUAAGGUUUUCAAUGUAUGUAAACACUGUCAUUUCAGAGAAACAUUGCUUCCUGGUAACACUUCUAGUGACAGUCACUCAGACGGCCACUAAAGGUGAUUCUUCGUCUAGUGCAGCACAGUGUGUAGUACCCACCUUUAACUUCUCAACAAUUUUUCAUGGAAACGCUGAAUAUUCCCCAUACGUAUGCAUUGAGUAGAUGCUGAUUUGCACAGUGUGGCAUUUUUGUUGCGCAUGCACAAUACACUCAAAUGCUUUCCCAUUGUCUGAGAUCAUCAAAAUUGGUGAUCUCCGCCAUGAAGGCAGGACCAGCCGCGGCAAGUCCAGCAUGACGUGGGGUAAAAAGUGCAUAAAAAGCAUCUUUCCCAUGCGAUAGAAUGGGGACUAGUAACCUAAAACACUUGCGCGCACACACACUUUCUCAUGCAUUCACAAGAAUUGGUAAGAAAAAAUAUAAUUUAUAGGAAGAGUUGUGUUCUAUCUAUUAAUCUAGAAGAGGGUAGGCAACCUUCGGGACUCCAGAUUUUUUUGGACUAAAUCUCCCAUAAUGUUCUUACAAUGUAGUAUCGAAUGGUAUUUAUUGUAUAUUUAUACAUUAAAUUUUUCUAGCCCAUCAGUUCAUAUAAAUACCAGAACUCUUCUUAACUGCACUAAAAGAUUUCACAUGCGAUAUAUGCUGAUGCCUUUGGUUCCUGUCUUUAUUUCAACCAUGACAAUAACCCAGUUUGUUGAACAUAAAGGGUUAAAGGUCGUCACCGUAUAGCCUCCUGCUUUCAGAGAAUCCAGCAUGCAUGGGUGAGAUUCCCAUCGCUGUUUGCAUAGUUUUGUGCUUGUUACAUCAUUUUGCUCACAUGCCCUCAAUAUUCUGUUUUGUUUCAAACCGCUAUGGAUAACCGUUCUGUCUACCUUGGCGUAAAAUGAUUGUAUUUCUUUAAAUGCGAGGAAAUGGCUCACAUUUCCUCUUCAUAUUGUUUUCUAUUAACAGGCUGGAUAAUGGGAACAUUAUUUUGUUUAAAUAGUCAAAGGUUAUAUUAAAGGGUAACUCCAUUGUCCAUGCCCACUUCUGACUUUGAAAUCUAUGUGCUUAAAACACUGGACAUCCAUAAAUAUUUGCACUUUUAUUCUGGGGGCUAGUUGCACCCCAAGCACAUUUGACUUGGCAGUCUGGUACUCAUAUACAUUUUUUUUUUUUUUUUUUUUUAUUUUUUUUUAACGUUCACCCAAAGGUAUUCAGUAAAGGCCCAUAUUUAUUUUCUGUAAUCUGUAUUUGCCAUUUUCUGUCUCCCUUGUAUCUAUGCUCUCUUGUAUGUGCCUGCCAUAUUCUGACAUUGCAUGCAUGCAUUGAUGUUCUGACAAUUGGGUUUAUUAUUAUUCUAGUAAGGUUUCCCAUGGGAGCAUUGCUUAAAACUUAUUAUUAUUGGAUGAUAUGAGAUCUGUGCUUCUCCGCUGUCCCUAUGUUUAAUUUGUGUAAUUCAUACUGCUUUGGAUUUUGUUUAGUGUUCAUGCUUACGAUUUGUGGGUGCUCUGUGUUUUUGUUUUGUUUUUCCCCUUCCAUUAACUAAAAGUGGAUUAUUAGAUAAUAUAUGCUUAAAAAGAAUCCAUCCAUUUACUAUGUGAUCUUCAGUGAAUUUUUAAAUCCCAUUGUAAUUCAGUGAGUGUGCAUUAUCUUCUCCAAAUACAGAGCCUCAAUCGGUUCCUAGCAAAAGCAGCCAAAUGAUGUCAGUGGUUACACAAGCUGUUCACAUUGCUCUGGGCCUCCUUCAUUGUGUUAGUGCAAAUGCCCAAUCUCCUGUUUAGAGAAAGUUCUUGAGAGUUGCAGUGAGAAGAUGGUGCAUUUCUGAAUACUUGGCCAUUUGUUCAGCUCACUCGGUAAAUAGCCUACUUUUGGGCUGAUUAAUGGAUUAUUAAAAUAGAACACAGAUCUGGUUAUGUACGGUAGAUAAACACAUCUGUAUCAGAACUAAAAGUCCCAUGAUGCAAUGUAAGAGUGUCUUUUGUGGCUGGCUGAGAUAAAUGAUGACUGUCAUUACGGAAUAUGUCUCUUUGUACAGGUUGAGCUAAACCCGUAACAUUAAAACAUUACAUUAUUUCCAAGCACAUUGUUACAAAAUGGACCACAUAAUUAUGAUGUAUUUAUUGAUUAUACAAACUUCGCACCGUAUACAAUGCCGUAUUAAAAAUGUACUAGCAGUUAACAAGACAAAGCAGGAAGUCUGUGGAAAAGUGAUAAAUGUCACCCCCUCAACGCUCACUCACACAAAUCACUUGCAGAACAAAAGCAUAUGGAUUUAUGUGUUGUGGCUGACAAUUUAGGCUAGCAUUUUAACAUAACCAGUUCCUGAGACCUUUGGAAUAUUUCAGGAUAACUACAAUCUAAAACAGGAAUAUCCUCUUUUAAUGGCCCCUUUUUUUGAUAAUCUGUGUGAUUUUUUUUUUUUUUGAUUUUUUUUUCUUCCCCUCCCACUUAAGUCUUUAUUACACUACAAGGGUUCACUUUUUGCCAUGUUGCCAGGAUGAUGUAAUAUAUGUUCCCAUAGCCAGAUGAGAAUUAUGUUUUUGCAUUUAGUGACCGUGUUUUCAUUUGUUUUUUUUUCCUGAUAUCUUAUUAAAAUGUUCUUAUUGGAACUCCAAUAUUUCCCAGAAUUGCAAGUAAAAAAAUAACUAUACAAAAAUUUUGAGGCCAGUUUGACAUAAUUUGAUUAAAUAAAACCAAUACAGCAUCAAACGGAAGUUUGUUAGGAUUUGAAAAUAGUUGACAUGUACGCUCAUAUUGAUACAUUAGUUUUAAAGGGACACUAGAGUCACCAAAACAACUUUAGCUUAAUGAAGCAGUUUUGGUCUACAAAUCAUGUCCCUGCAGUCUCAAUGCACAAUUCUCUGCCAUUUAGGAGUUAAAUCCCCUUGUUUAUGAACCCUUGUCACACCUCCCUGCAUGUGACUUGCACAACCUCCCUAAACACUUCCUGUAAAGUCAUUAACAGUUUAUCCUUCAUUUAUUGCAAGUUCUGUUUAAUUUAGAUUUUCUAAUCCACUGCUAUGUUAAUAGCUUGCUAGACCCUGCAAGAGACUCCUAUAUGUGAUUAAAGUUCAAUUUAAAGAGCAAGAGAUGUUGGUUUUUUGUUUUUUUUUCUCUCCAUGCAGGCUGUGUCAAUCAUAGCCAGGGGAGGUGUGACAAGGGCUGCAUAAACAGAGACAAAGUGACUUACCGUAUAUACUCGAGUAUAAGCAGUUUUUCAGCACUUUUUUUUUUUUUUUUAAUGCUGAAAAAGCCCCCCUCGGCUCAUACUAGAGUCAGGGUCUGUAUUAUGGCAACUUACAUUGCCAUAAUACAGAGCAAGCCCGGCGGUCUGGGGGGCGGCAGCAAGCUGUUCCUUACCUUUGCAGCAGCAACGUUCAUCUCCCAGUGUAAAUCUCGCAAGACCACACACACUGGCUACACUACACACACGCUACACACACACUGCAUUCAUUAUAUAUACACACUGCAUUCAUUAUAUAUACACACACGUUGCAUUCAUUAUAUAUAUAUAUACACACACACUACACACACGCUGCAUUCAUUAUAUAUACACACACGCACGCUGCAUUCAUUAUAUACACACACUGUAAAUAGAUAUUCAAUUAAUGUAAUUUUAUUGGGAUUUAACUUUAUUUAGAAAUUUACCAGUAGCUGCUGCAUUUCCCACCCUAGGCUUAUACUCGAGUCGAUAAGUUUUCCCAGUUUUUUUUUUUUUUUUUUGUGGUAAAACUAGGUGCCUCGGCUUAUAUUCGGGUGAGCAGUCAAACCUGAGAAGCAUGAUCGAUACACUAAAACUGCUUCAUUAAGCUAAAGUUGUUUAGGUGACUAUAGUGUUCCUUUAAGAGCUCUUUUGUACAACUUUAUUUUUUUCUUUUAUAUAAUACAAAGUUACUCUUUAUAGCAGUAUGUGCUAAUAUAUAUAUAUUUUUAUUAUCUUUGUGUAGUGCUGCUGGUGGUGAAAUCUUCAACCAGUGUGUGGCAGACAGGGAAGAGGCCUUUAAAGAGAAAGAUGUCCGGAGGCUGAUGAGGCAGAUAUUAAAAGGGGUGUCCUUUCUCCACCGUCACAAUCUGGUGCAUCUGGAUUUGAAGGUAAGAAUCUGCAAUGACCUUUAGAUCUGCAGUGCUUGCACAUCAACUCUUGUCUGACACUAAUUUUUGGAUAAUGUCUUGCUCAUCGAUCACAAUUUUGUUUGGUAAUUGCUAUUUGGGGUCAACAUAACCUGUAAUUCGUGUAUGUAUACUGGAGAGGAGAAACGGGACUUGUCAUAUGCUAGGGAGAUGACAUGUUAGAAAGAUUGAAAAUAUUGGUAGUUUCUAUAGCAAAGUUGAACAUGACUUCUCCCCCCAAACUACUACUUCUCUCAUUUUUAGCUUAAAUCAUGAGCUUUACUCACUUCUUUAUAGCAGUCGAAGGUUGAUGCUAGAUUCAGACUUUGCCUGAUAAACUGUAACCACACCGGUGAUUAGUCCACCUUUUAGUCUUUUGUUAAAUGCCGAACUGACUACUCAGAAAAUGGAGUCUGGCGUUAACCCCUCUCCCCCAGGGGCAUUGUAUAUUUUGUGGGGUUUAUUAUUUUUUUUUUGUUUGUUUCUUUCCUUAAACCUGACUCUUUCUUCGUUGGCAUCCGGAUUUUUCAGCUUUAAGUUUUAAUGCAAUAACUUAACAAAUAUUUGAGAUACCUACUUAAGGGCACACUCCAGGCUGACUUACUUACAAAAAAGUUGUUUUUUUUUUUGUUGGUUUUUUUUUUCUUCUUCUUCUCCAUUUUAUAUUCCUCUUUUCAUAUUUUUGCAACUAUAAAGAGCAGAAUGCAAGGGCUAUGACAUGCAUGGUUAGAUAUAUAUUCUCUCUCAAUCCUCACCUGUAUGAGUGGAGUAUAAGGUCUGUUUGAUUUGUAAGCAUUCUGAGAAACAAACAGACCCAGCUGGCCUAAUGUGUACUAAGUGUAAAAAGUACUUCUCUAAUUGAUCCAAUAGCAGAUCUCUCGUGGCAAUGCAGGCAACUGCUGAUCAAACAAAUCUCUUUCUAAUUGUUUGACCUGCAGCUCUGAGGCGUCAGCACAAAAUGCAUUUGGCACUUUGUACGAGGGCAAAUUGCUUCUCGAGGCCAUUAGGUAAAUCAUAGUGAAGGCUAAUCCAAAUACUUAAAAUGCCUAAUACAGUCCUGAAAGUUCUUCUGACCUGGAUCCAUAUAUCUGAUAUUUGUAAUGUGUUGGCUUCCCUUUCUUAAUUGUUGGCUUUUAUGGUACUUGACCAUAUAAUUCAGCAGGAAGGAGUAGGGAAGAGAUUGUAGAAGUGAGAACUCUUGAUGUACUUACAGUGAAGGUACUGUACUUUUUUGUUUUUUGCAAGAGAAAACCCUUUUUAGUUGAAGGAGGGUGUGGGCAAUUUGAGGAACAAUUUUCACAGUAAGAUGACUAUGUUCCAUGGAUGCCAACUCUGACUAAACUCUGUAAUUAUAAAACUGCUUCAGCUGCAUGUAACCACUCAGGGAAACAAACUUCAGAUGUGACUUGUAUCGCAGAGUGCUAUUAUUAUCUAGAUAAACCUGAUGAUAACCUAGAAAGAGCUAAUGGCUUCUGAGGAGUACAUUGUGUUUCUGUUUAACUGACCGUAAAAGGAUCCUGUGCGGAUGUGUGGCACCUACAUACACUACUCCAACUAAUGUUUAAUGUUACAGCUAUGGUCACCAUUCAAUAAUAUAGAAUCCCCUCCUUUUAGUAUUGGAGUAGGCAUGCUGUCCACAAGUGUGUAAGAUGAUGUUGAAUACACAUACCUAUAAGCAAGUUGUAAAGAAGAAAUUAGGUUUAGUUUUUCCCCCUCCCCAGUAAGGUGACAGAGCACAGACAACUUGGUGAGAUUAGUGUUUGUUUGUUUUUUAUUUGUGUGUGUGUGUCUGUCUCUCAUGUUAAUCAUUUGAUAAUCUGUAUUUUUAAUUCCUAUUGUAUUGAAAUGCUGUUCAUUUUCUUACAGCCCCAAAACAUUCUACUGACCAGCAGUUGCCCACUAGGUGACAUUAAGAUUGUUGACUUUGGGCUUUCAAGAAUAGUGAAUAACAAUGAGGAAUUAAGAGAAAUUAUGGGAACCCCAGAAUAUGUUGGUAAGUAGCUUACUUUUAGUACAGAUUUAUAAAUAUGUAAUUUAAUAAUAAAAAAUUUUGAAAUUACAUCUUUAUGUAUUGAUGGUCUUUUUUUUUUUUUUUGUUUACCCAAAGAUGCAGUUGUUGUUGUUGUUGUUGUUGUUGUUAGAAUAGAAAAAAGCAUAGUCGUUUUUUUUUUAGGUGUAUAAAAAUUAUAUUAGGACCAUUAACAUGUAUUUCUUGUUUAUGUAAAGUGUGUGAGUAUAUUUUGUUUUGUUUUUACACACUUUCUCUUUUUAUUUUAGUACCUCAACAUGUAGGGGAGCAGUCCUACAUUUAUAAUAGCAGUAUUACUAUUGUUAGUUUCAUGGCUUGUAUACAGUCUUUGAAUUUGUAGCACUAUUGACAAUAUUCUUGAUUUUUGUUUUUAUAGCUCCUGAAAUUCUUAGUUAUGAGCCCAUUAGCACAGCAACAGAUAUGUGGUAAGUGUUGUGUUGUGUUUUGUUUUUUUUUGUUUGUUUGUUUGUUUGUUUUUUUUUUUAAUUCUAAUUAUAAAGGUUGACCAGUGAGUUUCAGUGGAAAUUCAAAUACCUAUAAUAUAAUUUGUAAAGGGAGCAGUAUGAUAAAAUAUGCACAUUUUUACUUUUAGAAAACUCAUUAAUUCAUUGUUAACUCCAUUGUUAUAGGAACUUGGAGGAACCGUAGUCACAUAGCCUGUUCCUAUUUUAAAGAGUGGCAAAUUAUAAUUUGUACGUUGUUUAUGUAGCUAUUCGUGUCAUGCAAACAUUACUGUAUAAUGCAAAAAGAAAAUGUUUACCAAAAGUAUGACUCAUUACUGUUACAUGGACACUUUUGAAAUACAAUAAAAAAUAUUUUAAAAGAUUCAUUAAUUCAAUAACGCGUUUUAUUUUUUUGUCCCUGCCUCAGGAGUAUUGGUGUCCUAGCAUAUGUAAUGCUCACUGGCACCUCUCCUUUCUUGGGAGAUGAUAAACAGCAAACGUUCCUGAAUAUUUCUCAGCUGAACAUUAGUUACAUGGAUGAAGAAUUUGAUGGAAUAUCAGAAUCUGCAAUUGAUUUCAUCAAAGCACUUUUAGUUCGGGAGCCUGAGUAAGUAGUCAAGUAGGCAUUCCAAAGCCCUUAAACAUAUUCUUACAUCUAUGGCAUAGCAAACCGGUCUAUUUUACUUUAGGAUCGAUAUUAGCAUUUUGUUCAGCUUGUCUUUGUGUAUUUGAGACCUGUUGCUGUUUACUUGCACGGCAGGUUUGUUUGUUGGAUUUGUUUUUAUUAUAGAACACUAUAUUUGAAUAAAUAAACCUUGGAUUAAUAUUUAAUGGAGUUUAACCUAGAACUACUGCUGGUGCCCAAUAUAUUUUAAUACCAUAGAGGACACUAUGGAUAUAUCUCUACUCGGGCAUAUAUUGAGGACAUUUUCAAGUUGCCAGUCGGGCUCGGAGUUCUACAAAUAUUUGUCAAUCUCUUAUCUAAAUGUUUGUUCUCCAUUUGUUUAUACAACCCGCUUAUUAAUCAUGCAUUGACUUUUAGCUUGCAUUGUGCUCCACAUAAGUUGCAAAAGCAGUUUCCUUUUAUUUUUACACUUUACAUGCUUAGCUAAGUGCUCAAUAUUUUGUAAUCAGUAGAUAUGCUUUGGUAACCCCUUCUUGAUAAUAUCAAUGUAAACUUUACAUAGGACUUGGUUCAAGGACAGAAGUUUAUUUGCAUUUAUUUUACAUUUUAUUGUUUUGGUUGCUUCCAUGAUUUUUAAAUGGAUUUUUAAUUGACGAGCCUUCUAAGGAAUUUGAAUGCACCUUUUCCCACCAUUCUUGCACAUGAAAUGUGUACUUAAAGCUAAGAUUUACAAAGGACUAAGCUUGUUAUCCCUUUUUUCCCUGACAGAGGUCGGGCCACUGCAGAAGAUUGUCUUCAACAUCCAUGGUUGGCCGGGGGUGACCUUCCUGAUCCAUAUGCCAGUACCAUGAAUGCAGUUCCAGAAAGAAAUUCAGUUGCACAAGAAUUGGAAGAAGAUGGUACAACAAGCAGUUCUUCAGAAAGCAGUCCACUUCUGCCAGAUAUUGAAGGACAGACUGUAACGGAGGAGCUAAUAGUCAUGGCUUCCUACACAUUGGGACAAUGUAGACAAACUGAAAUGGAGAAGCAAACCGAAACAAAGGCCAUUACAAAACGCUUCAAGUUUGAGGAGCCUAUACUGCAAGAGAUAUCUGGAGAUUUUAUUUACUAAACUUCAGCACUUGGAACUUUGUGGCUGGAUCAGAGCUUGGUUUUUGCCCUUCUUUAUUGGAGUUUUUGAGUCGCUUGAUAAAUCAACAGUGAUAUUCUGUAUGCCUCCGCAUAAGGAAGCAACAAACUGGUUGUCAUGGCAAUAUGAAUGCAAUUCAGUUGUGCCAUGUUAAUCUCACAGAUUAUCUACAUCUGUCUGCAUGUUUAUGCAAGUGUUUUUGUUUAGGAUUUUUUUUUUUUUUAAAUGUGGUGCUUAGAUGCUAUACUGCUAUGCACAAACAGUUGUGGGUUUCUUGAAAUGGAGGAUUUUUGUGGUCAUUUUAAAAUGGUUAAUCAGCAUUCCUUUACCUGGAGUAGAAUGUCUCAAAGCAGAGUUCCAAUUAAUUAAAGAAGAUAAAAAAACAAAAACAAAAAAACCUCAAACUGUAAAUUGUCAUCUUUCUGUGUGGAAGAUUGAAGAGGGGAGUUGUACGCUUUUCAUUAAUUUAGGCCAAAAAAGACCAGUAUCAAAGAGUAGAGAUGGAGAUUUUUAUUUUAACUUAAUUUUUAUGGCCUAUAUAACCACAUCUUACUAGUAACGGAAUACACUCCAAUGUCAUCCGUCUAAAAAGAUUUUUAAAAAAGAAAACAAACUGCGAAAUGGUAAAACCAAGCCUCGCCAUACCCUUUGACAGCCACAGGUAGUUGAUAAUUAAAUGAAACCUGAAAAUCUUUCCAGGACACCGUUUUACAAAAAAACAAAAAGUUGACAAUUUGCAACUAAUGAAUGAUUAACCGUUUUAAAAUACACCUAUUAUCAGUUAUAAGCUUUGCACAUGAAUUGCCAUUUGUGCAUGUGCCAAAACAGAGGGCCUGGGAAGCAUUUAUUUGCAUAUCAACAACAAGCACAUGCAAAAUUGUUAAACAUCAUAUUUUUUUUUUUUCUUUCUAACGUCUUGUUUUUCUAUCUGUCUGACAUUCUUCACAUAGUGCUUGAACUCCCACCAUCAUUUUUGUCUGUUAUGAAAGUAAAAACAAGCAGUCCUCCUUGCCCAGUAAAUGUAUGGAUCUCUUUGCCAUGCUUUGGGUUGGGUACAAUUUUUAUGAGUUGGUUAUGGGAUGGUCCACAUUUCUAUGAAGACCUCUGCUGUGAAAUCACUCCAGUAAUUGUGUGGUGGUGAACCUUUCAAUUUCUUGAUAUUCAUACUAACAAUGUGUUCAGUUCCUCAUGAUCCACUUUUUGUUGGAGUUGUGGUUAAAAUAGAGUACCCCAAGAGCAGUCAGAUGAUCCAGGAACAAAUAUUUGCACUAUAAUGGAUUAUUAAAUAGAAAACCUUUUGUACUUUAAGAGUAGCUUGGUGUUCAAACUCCUCUACUUUUUGCCUCAUACAAUAUUCAACUUUUUGGAGCACACACAGUUGAUUUAGGGGGAUUAAUCUUUUGUACAUUCACUAUGCACCAGUAAACAAUUUUGCUUAAAUCUAGGACUUUGAUCGUAGCUUACUUUGAGGAGUUUUAUAUUGAUGUGAUUCAGAGUUGCAUAGAACAUCUGUCUGCUGGGUAAAACCUGUUCUAUAUCUCAAUGCUUCCAGGAAUGGUUAGAACCCAUCUUUCAGUUGCCAAAGUGCCUUCAAUUCAUAGUCUGUUGGUCACUUCUUUGUGAAUUGGCUCACAUCAAUAAAUGUGUAACUCAAGUACCCUGUCCAAUACAGGAGUUCCAUGACCUUGGGUACUACUCGUGUAGAAACAAUAUAUUAAUGUACUGCCUGUGUACACAAGUCUGAAACGAUGAAAGCUAAAACCAUAGCAAAUUCCACCUACACCGUUUUCUAUAAGCAAUCUCCUAGGUGUGUUGAUACCUUGGCUACAUGCAAAGAUCUAUUACCAUGUAAUGAUGCCAGUUCAGAGCUUUUUGUUUGUUUGGCAUAAUUCUUAUUGGCUGCAGUGAGGCAGAAAGCUGUUGAAGCUGUUGGCUUUUGCUGUAGUUUAAAUCCGUGUCAUCUGUGAAAUGUCUAAAGUGCUUUUUUUUUUUUUUUUUUUCAUCUGAUAUGCUUCAAGCAGAUACGUUAAUACUUGAACUGUUGUCAAGUGUUUGUAAGCAAAGAAUGUACAUAUAUAUAUUUGUAUCACGUUGAAUGCAGGCAUAUGGAGUUGAGUAAUGAAAUAUUCAGGCACAAUCAAAUAAAAUGUGUCUGGCAGAAACAUGUACAUAUAUAAAAUUAUCUAUACAUUUUUAUUUUAUAUUUAACUCCUAUGUGCAAUGCCAACGUUUAUCUGAGGUUGUUUUUAUAUAAAAAAAAAAAAUCUCCUAUAGCACUAAAACAAAUGCCUACCUUUCAUUAAUUUUACAUUCCCCCACUGUUCUAUUUAAUUUUAGCAUGGCACUGUUUUCGCAUUUGUGAAGCAGUGCUACUUUUCAGUCAACUUUUGAUUCGUUUUGGAAAUGGACAUUGAAUUCUUUUAUUUUAUUUUUUCCUUAAUUAAUUUUUUACUUUGUUUUUGAGGUUUUUUUUUUGUUAUUCCUUUGUCACUAAAAAGGGUCUUUGCAGCUCCCAGAUUUACUGUGAUGCUGUAAGACUAAAGGUUACCUAUCAAUACCGGGCCAUGGCUAUUCCCUUUUACCUUAACACUGCUGGCAGCGUAGAUUCUGUGUCUAGGUGUAAUAGAAAAAUUUAUUUUGCAUUCAUUAAACUCGAAGUUUUGAGAGGAAAAAAAAGUUAAUGCUCCAACUUCUUUUUAAGCCCUGACAUCUUGCUUUUGUAAUUCUCUCUUUUAACCCACUUUUUUUUUAUGUUUUGAACUGCUUUAUUUUUUUUUUUUUGUAAGUUAUCCUAGAAUAGGUUUACAAACCAAAAUACUUCCUCAUUCACAUUCCACUUAAAACACACACAACAAAAACUAUUAGUCUGAUUCUUCUGAGCAUUACGACAAUAGUUUCUGUUCGGUAAUUCUAUUUAAGGGAGACUAACAGGCUAUAUAAGCUGCGACACAGUGGCAGUUUUGUAGAAAUGCCAAUUCUGAAACAGAGCUUUAAAAGUAGUUUUUUAAGAACCACUCCUCAGUUUUUCAUAGUGUUAAAUCAUCUAUUAGAACUGCCCAACAAUUAAUCUUCAGUAACUCCCAAUAUUCUCAAACACAAUUGUCCUCCUGCCACUUCUACACCCAGGACAUUGUAGGUUUCAUUGGAGCAGAAUUGUUAAACCACAAAGUUUUGAAGGUAUAUGAGGACUAGUUUGUAGGCCAUUGCUUGAAGAAAUGUACAUUUUGCUUGUGCUAUACAAGUUCAAAGCCUCCAUACAUUUUGGCUCCUUAGCAUUGUUACCUUCUGGUAUUUGGCUGCUCUUUGCGGUGUUGUAGAAACUUAUUGGGGGAAAGAAAUGGGAUUUAGCAUUUUCUAAAAUUGUUACAAUGCCAGUUUUCUUGCAAUUGGCUGCUCUGAAACCUGCAAUGUUUGACUUUUUUAUGUAUUUCUGUUGUGCCUUAUGUGGUUUUCCUUUUUUGUACAGUAAUUUUAAAUCAAUUGAAUGUUUUUGUAUAGAUCUAUUAAAGUUUGUAAAUUAUAAACAGCCUGUUUAAAAUGUGCUUUGUAUUCCUUUAUUAAUUGGAAAAAAAUAAAUUCUACUGAUGUAUUUUUGCAGGCAUGAGAAAAAAAAUUUCUGUGCAGUUCUAAAGCUGUUUAUAAUAAAGGUAUUUUCCACUUUAUCUGAUUUAUUAUUUAUAGAACUUCAACAUAUUCUGCAGCACUUUACAAUUAUACAGUGGUGAUACUUGGCAGCAAAUACAAAAACAAUAUAAUGGUGCGCAAGAAACAAAAUAAAUAUACUUUGAAUCCAGUAUUCCGCAAACCAAUUUGGGACACAUUAAAUACAAAUAUAGUGCAGACAAUUUGUAUAUAAAAACUGUUAAAGGGACACUAUAGUCACCAGUGCAACUACAUGUAUUCCUGACCCUAUAAUGUUUACACCACCAUCUAGCCUCCCUGGGCCCCUCAUGCCUCCAUAAAUAUAGUAAAAUUCUUACUGUAUUCAAGCCAGAAGCUGUAACUCUGCAUGCUGUUUGCCUAAAAAAAAGUCUGCUGACAUCAUUAGAAGUUGUAGCCUGAUCCAAUCACAAUGCUUCCCCAUAGGAUUGGCGGAGACUGACAAGGAGGCAAAUCGGGGCAGAGCCAGCAUGAUUCAAACACAGCCCUGGCCAAUCAGCAUUUCCUCAUAGAGAUGAAUUGAAUCAAUGAAUCUCUAUGAGGAAAGUUCAGUGUCUGCAUGCAGAGGGAGGAGAUACUGAAUCACAGUAUAUUGCCUCCAACUCCGAAGUCCCUCUGGUUCACUGUGAGUGACUGCAACUGGAGGUGUUCCUAGCUUUCAAUGUAAACACUGUAUUUUCACAGAAAAUACAGUGUUUACAUGAGAGAGGCUGCAGGGAGCUAUAGUUCUCACCUGAACAACCUCAUUAAGCUGAAGCUGAAGUUGUUCAGGUGACUAUAGUGUCCCUUUAAAUAUGAAAUGAGUUAGAAAUAUUGUAUGGGGAGGGGGGGAGAGAAGGGGUUAUAGUGUG